CAGCCAAACAUUUAGGUUUUUCUUCUUCUCUGUUUAUUUGUCGUGGAAAAGUAACCCUAGUCUUCAGAAGCUGUUCGGAAAAACAUGGUGCAGCGUCUCACUUACCGCAAGCGCCAUAGCUAUGCCACUAAAUCCAACCAGCACAGGGUCGUUAAAACCCCCGGUGGCAAGCUCGUUUAUCAGAGUACUAAGAAGAGAGCUAGUGGACCCAAAUGCCCUGUUACUGGAAAGAGGAUUCAAGGGAUUCCACAUUUAAGGCCAGCUGAAUACAAGAGAUCUAGGUUACCCAGGAACCGAAGGACUGUGAAUCGUGCAUAUGGUGGAGUGUUGUCUGGAGGAGCUGUUAGAGAAAGAAUUAUUCGAGCUUUCUUGGUUGAAGAGCAAAAGAUUGUCAAAAAGGUCUUGAAGAUCCAAAAGGCAGAGGAAAAACAAGCUUUGAAGGGCUGAGUUUUGAGAAAAGGGAUAAAGAACUUUUUGGGAGAUUUUAGGUUUGAGUGAUUUUAGUAAAGCACGAAAUUUGUUAGAGCUGUUUCCAUGUCAUGUUAAUUUUGUGUUUAUUUGGCUUCUUUAAAAUCUUCUAGUGCAACUGUUAACUUUGUCGACAACUCCAUUAUGAUACAGUUUUGUGUGUUGAUUCUCUCAUGCUGGAUUAUUAAUUUUCACUGUCGGUGUAUUUGUACUUUGCUCAUGAUCUUGUUGCAGUUGGAAUAUCUCUACUUUCUCAAUGCAGUUUUACUGAAGGAGCAUUGGUUUUGUAGCUAGAAAGGACAAGCAAGCUGUUGAAUAGUAUUGGUUUUUGAGAAGCCCAAGAGCUAACGUCAUGGCUUGUUUGGACCACUUUAGAUAAGCAGAUUUUGUGGCAUAAGAAUGAUUAAUUUUGUUGAGGGAAUGAAUCAAGUCAUUCUGUGUUGGGAGCCAACCUUUUGGAUGAAGAAACCACUGGUAUUAAAGUGACAUUUGUUUGAAAUCUACUGCAUCUUCUGCUCAAUAGUUUUCUUUUUCUGCUAUACCCAUUAAAUAUUAUUUACCGUUAGUGAUUUGGUUGGUUGAAUCAGCCGUACCCAAAGUGGGUAUGCUUAUGGUUUAAAAGUUAUUUUGUGUAAUCAUCUCUCUAUACAAGAUUCCGCUGGUUUUAAGCAGCCGGAACCAUAACCCGGAGGUUUCACUGGUUCAAUCACUCCUGACUUUUAAAAUAUUUUAUGAAGCAAUCUAUUUGAGUAUGUUUAAUUUUCUGAUCAACAGUGGUAUAAAAAAUUCCACGACUAUGGAUAUGUUACUGUUUUGUGG